CCCUACUUGUCCUCAGUUAUAUAUUGACAUUUUACGCUGCGGUUUCGUUUAAUCAGCCGUCCGACGCCUACAGAUCUCUUCAAUUUCGCUCUUUGGAAAUUUUCCAAGUUGAUUUUUGAAGUGAAUCGAUUUGCAUGAAGUCGUAAUUGGUUCAACCAGAUCGAUUGGUUUUAUCUUUAAUUCUCUCGAUCUCGGAUUAAUUGAAUUUCGUUUAUAAUUAAGACCUCGAGCUGUUGAAAUGGCAUCGACAGCUGGAAACUCUGGAUGGUUUAGGGGGAUUGUGAAAGCUGUUCCAUCCGGUGAUAGCUUGGUCAUAGUGGGAGGUAGCGAGGCAGAGAUUCCCCCAGAGAAAACAAUCACUUUGUCAUCUCUGAUAGCACCUAAAUUGGCCCGAAGAGGCAGUAUUGAUGAGCCAUUUGCAUGGGAGAGCAGAGAGUUUUUAAGGAAGCUUUGUAUUGGGAAGGUUCUUAGUUCUAAUUAGUUUCAUUAAUAGGUUUUAUGUUCUAUUCUUUUAUAAAGAACGAUAUUCAUUAGUUC